AUUUCAACCAAUGCAUGUCAUUAAUACAUCAGCUAUCGUCUAUCCGAAAGGGAUAAAUUCGCUUUUGAAUUUUUGUCAAACCUGGCGAAACGAGUUCGGUAGUAAGCUGCCGGAACUCCAAUAGCAGUCACCCAUUCUGUGAGUAACUGGAAACAAGCAUGGGACUGAACCUGGAGCCGGAGCGAGGCCCUCGGACAUCCAGCCCGAGGAUGGUCGCCGCCUGGGCUCUUGUCGCAGUUGGCUUGCUGGCUGUUUUGAGCAACGCAACCUCGCUGGAGUCCUACCUUGGAAGCGGCGGCGCCGGGCGGCCUCCUGUGGGUGGCGUGGUCGGGGCGUUGCUUGUGGCAGUCGGGGGCUGGGGUGCGCUCGCCGCAACCAACACGACGGGCGGCCUGGUCUCCAGAGAUGCCGUUUUAAGAGCGCUAGGCACUAUACUUGUGGCCGCUGCGUUGUUCAUCAGUGCUCAAGGGGGCCGGCAAGUAGCCAGCCCGGUAGAGUUGUAGCUAGCGGUGGCGUACACUGGAGGAACACGCGGGUAGCGGCGUGAUUGGUACCGGUACUACGGCGUGAUUGGUACUACCGGUACGGCGAGGGUAGCGGCGUGAUUGGUAUGUGCAAGAAUGUGCACAAAAAAGCUACUACAAGGGUCCAAGACUUGGGAUCAGAAGCUACAAACGCACACACUGCUGGUGGCGGUACCUGCGCUGCACUGGCAGGAGCGGCCUGGCUCCGCUCCACCGCAAGCAGGGUCCGCGAGCGGCGGUGCUGGACCCCGAUGGUGGCAGCGACUCAAGCGACGGCAGCGUGGGGCCCGGCACCGGCGUAUAAUGCGGAGCGGGUGGGGAGGGCAAGGCCACAUGUAGUAGCAAAGCGGCGCCGGCACGCAGGUUGUGGCCGGCCGGUGUCAGGGCUGGUGCAUGGUGUGGGAGUCAGCAGGCGAACACUGCACUUCCUGGGCGGGCAACCAGCAGGGCGACGGCUGCGUGGCGCACGGCGUGUUGGACGUGUAUGGGUUUGUUUGUUGCUGGACCGAGCGGACACCUGGCCCUGGUGGUGCUUGCAAAAACUGACCCCAGCUAUGCCCGGGGGUGUGAGGCUGGUCUGGUAGUGCAGCGACACCGUGACGCCACUUUCCCGCUGAGCGCAGCCCACCUAGGAGUCCACACGUGCGUACGUACCCGUACGGUAGCCGGUAGCGCCCGUCGACGGUACCCGCCCGCGAUGUGGAGGUCGCAGUGCUUUGCUUGCCGUCUAGCACUGGCGCGGGCAUUCAAACAUGCCGUCCGGCCUAGGUCUGUGACAUGCGGAGUACUCAUGCAUGCGGGUUUGUCCAGCGCUAGCCCUCGUAGGCCGUUUGAUUUAUACACGUGUCGCAGGUACUGGGCAUAGGUCAAACACAUGGUGGCCAUCGCGUGGGAGCACGGUGAUGGCAGAAGCCAGGGGCACUCCGGUUG